CAAGCUUCGGAUUCGAUUGAUUAAUUUUAAUUUCUUCUUUGUGCCAUGGAACACUCACAUGUUUCAAUUCAGGCUUUAGUUAAAGAGAUGAAAGAAGAGAUGUUUAAGGAUUACAUCGAUCCUUACUCAUUCGUUUCACCUUCUGCUUACGACACUGCCUGGCUAGCCAUGAUUCCUGCAGAUUCCAACCACCAGUCAUGUUCAGCACCCAUGUUCAAGGAUUGCUUAGAUUGGGUGCUCAAUAACCAGACAGAAGAAGGGUACUGGGGAGAGUGUGACGCUCAUGGAAAUCCUACCAUCGAGUCGCUUCCUGCUACUCUGGCCUGUUUAAUCGCACUCAAAAAGUGGAAUGUUGGGAUAGAACAUGCAGAGAGAGGAUUGGCAUUUAUUCAAGCAAACGUGGAAAAACUCCAAAAAAGAAAUCAUAAUCGGUUUCCUCGUUGGUUUACUAUUGUUUUCCCUGGAAUGAUUGAAUUUGCGCGUAAAGUUGGCCUACAAAUCGACUUUUCAAACCAAUUAAAGGGAUUAUUGAUGGACAUAUUAUUUGAACGACAAGAAAUUUUAAAAAUCGAGGAACUUACUGACGGUCCAUAUCCACCUUUACUAUCAUACCUGGAAGCGUUGCCUUCACUUUAUGCCAUUAAUGAAGAAGACAUAACCAUGCACUUAAGUGAUGACGGCUCGUUAUUCCAAUCUCCUUCUGCAACAGCACGUGCAUUCAUGGCUACCGGGAACAAGGAGUGUUUAGCUUACCUACAAUCUUUAGUUCGAAGAUGUGGCAAUGGAGUUCCACCAACCUAUCCAAUGGAUGAAGAGCUAAUAAAACUUGGCCUGGCCAAUCAACUACAAAGGUCGGGGUUGGCUGAACAUUUCACUCAGCAGAUUGAAGACAUUUUGACCCAAGUUUACCGGAAUUACAACAACCAGGAAUCGUUGGCACAGCCAAGCAAUAGUACUUCAAUCGCAACCCAGCUGCACAAAGACUCUUUGGCUUUUAGGCUACUGCGAAUGCAUGGUUAUAACAUAUCGCCUUGGAGCUUCUGUUGGUUCUUGAAUAAUCAAGAGGUUCUAGAUCAUAUAGGAAAAAACUAUGAAUAUUUCUCAAGCGUAAUGCUUAAUGUUUACAGAGCCACAGAUCUUAUGUUUCCCGGAGAGUAUGAGCUUGAGGAAGCAAGAUCAUUUUCUAGGAAAGUACUAGAGAAAGUUGCAUCAAAAGGAAAUAAAGACGAUGACCACUUCACAAAAUCCUUAAACCUUCAAAAAAUGAUCGAGCACGAGCUGAGUCUACCAUGGAUCGCUCGACUGGACCACUUGGAACACAGGUCGUGGAUUGAAGAGAAUGAUAUGAAUGCUUUGUGGCCAGGAAAAACCUCCUUCCAUAGGUUUUCAAGCCUUAUGAAUGAGAAGUUAGUGCAACUUGCUGUGAGGGAUUAUGAGUUUCGACAGUCAAUUUACAAGAAUGAAAUGGCUGAAUUGAAAAGUUGGUGCCUGAAAUGGGGUCUUACUGAUAUGGGAUUUGGCCGGGAGAAAACUAUGUAUUGCUACUUUGCCAUCUCUGCCAGCCUUUCACUGCCUUAUGACUCCGCUAUACGAAUGAUGGUUGCAAAAAGUGCUAUACUUAUUACGGUUGCAGAUGAUUUUUUCGACAUGGAAGGUUCUCUAAAUGAGUUGAACAUCCUCACUGACGCAGUUAAAAGAUGGGACGGCAACGGAUUAAGGGGCCAUGGUAAAACCAUAUUUGAUGCCCUUGAUGAUCUUGUGAGAGAAACAGCAGGAGAACAUCUCCAACAGCGGGGAACUGAUAUAACAAGUUACCUACAACAAAUAUGGCAUGAAACAUUUGCUUCAUGGCUUGUGGAAGCAAAAUGGAGCAAAAGUGGAUACUUGCCAUCACUGGAUGAGUACCUUGGAACUGGCAUGACAUCCAUUGCUGCACAUACCAUGGUUCUUCCAGCUUCAUGCCUCUUGAAAUCAAGCUUACCGAAUUCCAAAAUCAAACCUGCAGCUGAAUACGAGACUGUAACCAAACUGGUCAUGCUUAUACCUCGCUUAUUGAAUGACAUACAAAGCUACCAGAAGGAAAUAGAAGACGGGAAAAUGAACUUUGUAUUACUUUACAUGAAAGAAAACCCCGAAGCUGACAUUAAUAAUUCAAUUGCCUUUGUGAGAGACUUGCUUGACAAAAAGAGGAAAGAGUUGCUCAAACACGUUCUGACGGAUGGAUUGAGUGAUUUGCCUGAAGCAUCUAGGCAUCUUCACUUAUCAUGCAUGAAAGUAUUUCAGAUGUUCUUCAACUCCAGCAAUAGAUAUGAUUCCAACACUGAGAUGCUUCAAGACAUCCAGAAGGCAAUCUACAUUCCACCAGAUAUUGGAAUAUCGAAGCCAUUGAUGCCUCUUCCUUCUGUCUCUGGACCGAUGAAGGAAUUUCGAACAAUAACUUCUCACUUUGUUCAGCCUGUCAAAUACCACAGCAAGAGAAUCAUAGGAUACCAAGCUUCUUUGCCCAUUACAAGGCGUGGAUAUGCUAGUGUGUUUAUCACUCCAAACUUUAGAAUGUCAUUCGCCUAAUAAUUGGUCAAUCUGCCUUUUGCACAUUGAACUGCUAUAUGUACAAUAAUC